CCGCCAUUCAAGUCAGACGUAUGUUUUUCCUGGGCUCUAUCUAUACGACGAAUUCAAAAUUUUCAUACUCUGUGGGAUGAUCUAAAAGAAUGUGAUUAUUAAAAUUUCGUUCUUAGAACAUCCAGUGACGUAAAUAUCAAAGAACAAAAAUUAUCCGAAUGAAGUGAAAUAAUUUUUGUGUAAAAAUGGAGAAAAUGAACAAGACGACCGAUGUGUCGUAAAUUGAACUUGUGAGUUUUAUGACAAUUACCACAGUGCGCUUCUUAAAGUACAUUGGAUAUCAUUGAAGAAUACUUGCCUACAUAUGUAUUUAUUAAGUGACAAAAUGCAUAGAAACUGGUUAAAGUUGGUAAAAUAAUUGUGUUUCGCGAAAGGACUUAAAGUUUUAAUUUGAGUGAAAUAUGAAAUAACCGUAGAGAGAAUGCGAAAGAUAGUGAAAUUACAUCAAGAGAAGAUUUCAGGGAACAAUUACUACAUCACAACUCGUGCUACUCUUUCACCAUGAAGGUUCUUCCUGUGUUAAUAAUUGUCAUUUUGCAAAUAAUUUUCGUUUCUACUUCUUCGAUGCUGCAAUCGCUAGCUAUAUCUGGAGAGAUUCAAGAUAGUUACAAACCUGAGAGCGGAUCGCAAUGCAUUGCAAGUUACUUUAUGUGCAACGAUUCCAUCUUGUGUGUAGCACAGCAUCUCAAUUGUGACCAGAAUCCCAAUUGUUUUGACGGUUCAGAUGAGUGGAAUUGCGAUGAUCAGUCGGCAGAUUUGUACUACGAUCAUCUCUUUCGGAAGAAUCUUAAGGCUUUGACAGAUGAUAUACCCUGGGGACGAUGUGAUUAUAGUUUCAACGAGUAUCCAGACCUUAACAAUACGUGCAAGUGCAAGCUGAAAGAAGUUCACUGUCAAUUUCAAGGUCUCACAAAUAUUCCAUCGCCUCUGCCCAUGUACGGGAUAAGUUUGCUGGAGUUGAGUGGAAAUCGCUUUCCCGUUCUCGAUAGUAUUUUUUUGGAAAACAUACCACCUUCUCAGAAACUAAUCCUUAAGCAUUGUUCAGUGCAAGAGGUAAAAUCACUUGCAUUCCAGCGUUUCAAAGAUGAUUUUGUGGAUAUAUUAUAUUUGGAUCAAAAUCAAAUCGAAAUUCUUCCGAAUUUUCUAUUUCCUGAAGGGACAAAGCUCACAGUUCUAAUCCUUGCUGGAAAUCGUAUAUUUGAGAUUCACAGCUUUGCUUUCGCAAAUCUGAAGCACUUAAUUGAACUAGACCUUCGCGAUAAUCGUCUCGCGGUACUCACUGAAGCUGUUCUGGCGCCGCUGAUAAAUUUACAAAUUCUUUUUCUCAACGGAAAUCGUCUUACGGCUUUUACCAGUGGGAUGUUGCCGUUGUUGAGCAAUUUAAUAACACUCUCACUGGCUGACAAUCAAAUUCGGCGAGUGUCGAAGAAUGCUCUCAAUCUUCCAUCAUUGGAACAUUUGUUUUUAUCUGGAAAUCGAUUGCACCAAAUCGAUAAUGAUACUUUCUAUCUACUCCCAAACUUAACAGGAUUAAACCUUAAUAACAACCAAAUUCAGGAGUUUCAAUUGAACGCCUUCAAUGGAAUUGAAAAUUUAACAUCAUUGUAUCUAUCCGGAAAUCCAUUCAAGACAAUUGACCAGAGGGUUCUUCAUAACUUAACCCAUUUACAGCAUAUAUACUUUACCUGGUUUCACUUGUGCCGCGCAGCAAUGUACGUGAGGGUGUGUGAACCACGUGGGGAUGGUAUUUCUAGCGACAAGCACUUGCUAGAUAAUCCGGUGCUGCGGGCCAGUGUGUGGGUUAUGGCAGCUGUGGGUAUUGUGGGAAACCUAUUGGUACUUUUCGGACCACUUGCUUUGGGAAAUCGCGGUCUUACAUGCCACAUCGAACAUACUAUUUACUUACGACAUUUGGCUGCCAGUGAUUUACUAAUGGGAAUCUACCUGGCCAUUAUCGCCACGGCGGAUAUGGCUUUUCGGGGAGAGUAUCUAAUACACGAGGAGGAUUGGAGACACAGCAUCACUUGUGACCUGUGCGGCUUUCUCAGCACACUAAGCUGUCAGUCGUCCACGCUUCUGCUGACUCUGGUUACCUGGGAUCGUCUUGUCUCUGUCACCAGACCUCUUUUGCCAAGGCCACCAAGCCGAGCAAGAGCAAUUGUACGCUUGGGACUUUUGUGGCUGACCGCGACGACGUUGGCGGCUGCUCCAUUGUCUGGGAUAGAUUAUUUUGGCAGAAAUUUCUAUGGUUCCAACGGUGUUUGUCUCAGCCUCCACAUACACAGUCCUUACGACAAGGGUUGGGAAUGGUCUGCAGCGAUUUUCAUCGUUGUCAACACAUUUUCGCUUAUUUUCAUUGGGACGUCGUAUAUGAAAAUGCUGCGCGCCAUCAGGAGUUCCGGCUCGGCUAUGAGAAGCUCCCAGAGUGGGCGAGAGAAUGUUGUGGCUCGUCGCUUUGCCAUUAUUGUGGCUACGGACUGUGCCUGUUGGCUUCCAGUAAUCAUUGUUAAAAUCGCAGCGCUUGCAGGUGUAGAAAUCUCACCUUCACUAUACGCUUGGCUCGCUGUUUUGGUGCUUCCUGUUAAUUCAGCUCUCAAUCCCGUCCUUUACACUCUAACGACGGCCGCCUUUAAGCAGCAGCUCACCAAAUUUCUCUAUUCGCUACCAUGUGGCGCUGGCAUCGACUCACGAUCUCAGAACGGAUUCGAGUCCGCACUGUCUAUCAGUCUUGGCCACAAUUAUCCGCAGCAGAGCAGCAAGAAGCAUUUGCUUCAGCGACGGGUAAGCUGCACAACCCCACUUGCCAUUUGUCCAAAUAAUCACUGUAAUAAGAAUGAAUUAAUCGAACCGGCGAAUUCGAUUGAAAAGAGUCUAAUUUAGAGAAAAUAGAACCCAACAGCAUUAAGAUAUUAAUGCUAUUACCAUUACCUUAAACUCUCUGUGUUCUGUAUUAGUUAUAUUUGAGUGUGUAUCAUAUACUUAUAUAAUAUUAUUUCCAUGUUUUUCACAAAUAUAUACCCUCCUCUCUGUACACCGUUCAGUAGCAGAAAUAUUUCUAUUUUUACAAUAAAAAUUGGCACUCUACUCCAAAUUUGUUUUACCUUUCUCUCAUUUUUUAAGGGUAAAAUUAUUUACAUUCUUGGAAGAAUGUGUAAAAAAUUGAUCAUAAAAAUAUUUAUAUUACGUGUGUCUGGUAAAUUUGCAUGAUUCCUGCCUUUUCUCAAGCUUCCGCUGGUUUUUCGUUUUUGCCAUUCUUUCCUAGAGAGUUAAAUAUUUCAGCUGAUUGCAUGACAAAUGGAUAAAUCAGCAUAGAGAUGCUCGUUUUUGUUGAAUGACUUCUUUUUUCUGUCAUUCUCAAACAAUUUACUGUAAAACCUACAAAAUUCAUGUACUUUAUUGUGUGUAGAAAUUAAUUGUGUGUGACUGAAUUAGCUAAGUUUGAGGAAACUUAUGAAAUUCUCUGUACGCAAAUUAGUGAAAAGCUGUGAUUUUAUGGAAAGAUUUUAAAAGAUUUAAAGUUUCAGGUUAAAAAUAUUUGUACACGUGAAUAAAGCUAUUUUUUAUACAUAUUAUAUAUAAUACAUUACUAAAGGUUAUUACCAU